AGGUGCAUGUGUUUCCACCACCGUUGGAACAAUUGAUUCUUGCGCUGCUCCUGAUACUAGUCAUAUUGCCGGCGUGGCGAAUGUACAUACUUCCCAGGGCCACUUGCGCUUUCCUUUGUGAAACUGAAAACGCAUACCAGCGCGAGCAAUACUUCUUUUGGCACGAAUCGAGUGCUUCUAGUGGCAGAUGCAGACUCUUCGGAUCCAAGGUGAUGUACGAUUAUUUGAAAAAGGCGAAGACACAGUCGAUGAUGGGCGCUCAGCAGGAAACUCUAGAAGUGAUGCUGGACGAAGAAGCUGACCAAUGCAUUGAGAAGCUGGAACAGAUUGUUCAAAACUAUCAGCUGCCUGGGCAGCAUGUGGCGCACCAGAGGGCCUUGGCCCUGGAGUUGGAGAGAUUACGGAAAAUUUCGGAAAACAUUCUUCACACUUUGGAGAACGGGCAGAAUGGGAAAAAUGGGAACAGUGCCAAGGCCUGAGAUGGACCGAUGACCAUCGCUGAGCGCCAGCCAAACUCUUUAAGUAGCGCCAGCCCCUCCCGGGCUGGCGUAGAAGGUCGGUCGGAGUUGUGCCUCAAGGGAGGAUGAAAGUUGACGAUUUUCAAGAGCACGUCAUUGUGCAUAGUGUUUCUGACCUAGAUUGAAAACCGAUCAGGCAGGACAGGCAGCGACGCUAGCUUGCCCUCUCUCGAUGCGGGGAAGGCCAAACAAUGCGUGGAUUGGAU